ACCGCGAUCUCCCAAAUCAUGUUCUGUGGGCUUCUAUCUUCGUCGUCUUGGCUCUGUCACUUGCAAUGCCGUCUUGAUUAGUUUCAUGUCUCUUCCCACCAAACGCUCCGCCCCUACCAACACUUCUGACUCCAUCGCCUCCAGCAGCUCCGUCGCUGCCUCUCCCGUCACCCUCUCUCCCCUGAUGAAGAAGGCCAAGUCGCAGGCCGUCGCUUGUUCUCUCGACUGCAAGAAUGGCCUUCACAACCACCACCAGGGCUUAGCUGCUUCCGACGACGUCGUGUACGACCCCUCCUCUUUGGGCCUAGAUGAGGAUCUCAAGACCGACGACCCCACUGCCCUCCCCAAUGCGCGCGGGAUCAUGGCCGCCAAUUUGUCCCGGAAGAAAGCUACGCCUCCUCAGCCACCUAAGAAGCUCCUUAUCAAGCUUCAUAAAGCUAAACCAACCCUCCCUCCGAAUUUUGAGGAGCAUACAUGGGCUAAGUUGAAGUCAGCCGUUUGUGCUAUAUUCUUGAAGCAACCCGAUUCUUGUGACUUAGAGAACCUUUAUCAGGCUGUGAAUGAUCUUUGCCUUCAUAAAAUGGGGGGAAGUCUCUAUCAACGAAUUGAAAAGGAGUGUGAAUCACACAUAUCUGCUGCGCUCCAGUCUUUGGUUGGCCAAAGCCCAGACUUGGGCGUUUUUCUAUCUCUUGUAGAGAAAUGUUGGCAGGACCUUUGUGACCAAAUGCUGAUGAUUCGUGGUAUAGCCUUGUAUCUGGAUAGGACAUAUGUCAAGCAAACAACAAAUGUACGCUCAUUAUGGGACAUGGGCUUGCAACUCUUCCGCAAACAUCUUUCGCUGUCUUCAGAAGUAGAGCACAAAACUGUUACUGGUGUUCUACGAAUGAUUGAGAGUGAAAGAUUAGGUGAAGCAGUGGAUAGAACUCUUCUAAAACAUCUUUUGAAGAUGUUUACUGCUCUAGGAACUUAUGCAGAAAGCUUUGAGAAGCCAUUCCUUGAAGCUACAUCUGAAUUUUAUGCUGCUGAAGGUGUGAAAUACAUGCAGCAAUCAGAUGUUCCAGACUACUUGAAGCAUGUUGAGACUAGAUUGCAUGAAGAACAUGAGAGAUGCUUGAUCUACUUAGAUGCAAGUACUAGGAAGCCCUUAAUAGCAACAACGGAAAAGCAACUUCUUGAGCGUCAUAUUCCUGCCAUUCUUGAUAAGGGUUUUAUGAUGCUUAUGGAUGCAAAUCGUGUAGAAGACCUUCAGAGAAUGUACUCACUCUUUUCAAGGGUUAAUGCACUUGAAUCACUAAGGCAAGCAUUGAGUUCAUACAUCAAGGGAACUGGGCAGGGAAUUGUGACGGAUGAUGAGAAAGACAAAGAUAUGGUUUCUUCCCUUCUGGACUUUAAGGCUUCUCUUGACCAAAUAUUGGAAGAAAGCUUUUUCAGGAAUGAAGCAUUCUGUAACACCAUUAAAGAUUCAUUUGAGCAUCUUAUCAAUCUUCGUCAGAACCGACCAGCAGAGCUGAUUGCUAAGUUUUUGGAUGAGAAGCUUCGUGCAGGUAACAAGGGUACUUCUGAAGAGGAAUUGGAGGGCACACUUGAUAGAGUUCUGGUUUUAUUCAGGUUCAUUCAGGGCAAGGACGUGUUUGAAGCGUUCUAUAAGAAAGAUCUUGCGAAGAGACUGCUUUUAGGAAAAAGUGCUUCCAUUGAUGCAGAAAAAUCUAUGAUCUCCAAGCUGAAGACCGAGUGUGGUAGCCAGUUUACAAACAAAUUGGAAGGAAUGUUCAAGGACAUUGAAUUAUCAAAAGAAAUAAAUGAGUCCUUCAAACAGUCAUCCCAGGCGAGGACAAAACUUCCAUCAGGAAUUGAAAUGAGUGUUCAUGUCUUAACAACAGGGUACUGGCCAACGUAUCCACCCAUGGAUGUCAGGCUUCCUCAUGAAUUAAAUGUGUACCAGGAUAUUUUCAAAGAAUUCUAUCUAAGCAAAUACAGUGGAAGGCGUCUGAUGUGGCAAAAUUCAUUAGGUCACUGUGUCUUAAAGGCCGAGUUUCCUAAAGGAAAAAAGGAAUUGGCCGUGUCUUUGUUUCAGACUGUUGUCUUAAUGCUAUUCAAUGAUGCUGAGAGGCUAAGCUUUCAAGAUGUCAAGGAUGCUUCUGGUAUUGAGGAUAAGGAGCUGAGAAGGACUCUGCAAUCCCUAGCAUGUGGAAAAGUUCGCGUCCUGCAAAAAUUACCCAAAGGGAGAGAUGUGGAGGAUGAUGACUCCUUUGUUUUUAAUGAUGCAUUUACAGCUCCUCUUUACCGCAUAAAGGUUAAUGCAAUUCAGAUGAAGGAAACGGUGGAGGAGAACACCAGUACUACAGAGAGAGUUUUCCAAGAUCGUCAGUAUCAGAUUGAUGCAGCCAUUGUGAGGAUAAUGAAGACAAGGAAAGUGCUGAGCCACACCCUUCUUAUUACUGAACUCUUCCAACAGCUGAAAUUUCCAAUAAAACCAACUGAUUUGAAGAAACGGAUUGAAAGCCUCAUCGAUAGGGAGUACCUGGAGAGGGACAAGAGCAACUCUCAGAUAUACAAUUACCUCGCAUAAUGUUUUCUCGACAAUGCUUAUGAAUUUUUUUCUCCGUAAAUGACAUGGGAGAGGUUUGAUGUUUAGUCCCCUGUCGUAUGUACAGUAACUCUGUAAUAUCCUCCCCUGCAGCCUCGCUUACCUCUUUUUCACAUUGCUGAUGACAGUACUAGAAUUGUAAAGCGUAUUCAUCCCUUUGAAAUUAUUGUCCAAGAUGGGCAUCAGCACUUGAAAAGUCAAACCCCCCCCCCC